UCCUCCAUUCAUGGAAAAGUGUUGACGUCUUGUAUGUCUUUCUAGAAAAUCAUAUAAUUCAAUUGUAUUGAUCUACAUAUCUAUCCACCAAGGGACUUUCUAUCAAUAUGCUUCCAAAACCAAGGCUUAACGUUCAAAACUUUCCACGUCCACCUCUCCUUGAGAAAACAUCUCGUCAUCUCGUUAUAAGAUAUCGAGGUCAAACCAUUGCUGAAACAAGUGAUGCAUAUUGGGUUUUGGAAACAUAUCAUUCGCCCACAUACUACCUCCCCGCCACAUCCCUAUCUCCAAAGUUUCCUCUGACCCCCACCAACAAAUCCACUUUUUGUGAAUACAAAGGAUGGGCCACAUACUACUCGAUCUCAUUACCUGCACCUUUCUCCCCUUCUCCUGCCUCUUCUUGUCCUUUUGAAGACCAACUAAAAUCAUCCGAGCCACGAAAGCAUGAAAUAUCCAACAGGAUAUGGUCAUAUGAAUCUCCUACACCUCAGUAUGCUGAUUUGAAAGGUUAUUUGAGUUUCUAUGCUGGACCAUGGGAUUGUUAUGUGGAUGGAGAGAAAGUUAUACCGCAACCUGGAGACUUUUAUGGUGGUUGGACUACGAGUGAGCUUGAUGGCAUCAUUAAAGGGAGUGCCGAGACAAGAUGGAUGUGAAGUCAGACAAGAUGGAUGUGAAGUCGGGGGCUGUAAAGAUAUAUUCAGAUAGGGUGUAUAUUUUGGGCGUUCUGGUGUGUCACACAGUGAGAUUUGCAAAUAAUCAUGAUAUAAUACGCCUCAGCAUGGAUACUUGUUAGAGUGAAGCUGAACAUGCAUGCCAUAAAUGUUUGUCCAGUCAGUAAAAUCCAAUUUGAA